AUGUCUGAUUCCAACACAACCGACUUCACCAACCCCUCCACCUUCAUCCUGCUGGGCAUUCCUGGGCUGGAGGCAGCCCACAUCUGGAUCUCCAUCCCCUUCUGCACCAUGUACGCCAUAGCCAUCUUGGGGAACUUCACCAUCCUGUUCAUCGUGAAGACGGAGCCGAGCCUCCAUGGGCCCAUGUACUAUUUUCUCUGCAUGCUGGCUGUCACCGACCUGGUCCUGUCCACUUCCACCCUGCCCAAAAUGCUGAGCAUCUUCUGGUUUAAUUCCAGGGAGAUCGAUUUCAGCGCCUGUCUCACCCAGAUGUACUUCUAUUACUGCUUUUUAGAGAUGGAGUCCGGGAUCUUCGUAGCCAUGGCUCUGGAUCGCUAUGUGGCCAUCUGCAACCCCCUAAGGCAUUCCGCCAUCCUGACAAACCACGUUGUGGCCAAGAUCGGCCUGGCCGUGGUACUGCGCGGCUGCCUGGUCAUACUGCCCCUUGUCCUCCUGGCGAGGCAGUGGCCAUAUUGCAGAACCAACAUCAUUCCCCAACCAUUCUGCGCACACAUAGCCGUGGUGAAUCUGGCCUGCGCCGACACCCGCAUCAGUAGUUACUAUGGCCUCUUUGUGCUAUUCUGUGUGAUGGGUCUGGAUGUGAUUUUUAUCACCAUGUCCUUUACCCAUAUCCUGAGGGCCAUCUUCAGCCUCCCCACAAAGGACGCCCGGCUCAAGACUUUUGGAACCUGCAGCUCCCAUCUCUGUGUCAUUUUAGUCUUUUAUAUACCAGGUCUCUUCUUCUCCCUCACGUACCGGAUUAGCCAGAAUGUACCUGGGCAUUUCCAUGUUCUCAUUGCCAAUGUGUGCCACUUGGUACCUCCCAUGCUAAAUCCUGUCAUCUAUGGGGUGAGGACCAAAGAGAUCAAAGGCAGGCUGCUCCAGCUCUUUACUCAUGAAGGAGCCUAA